AUGGCUCCCUAUGAAGCUGACCCCAGGUUUGACGCUUUCUCCAUCAUUCUCCCUUAUACUGCAGACGCCGAAUGGGCUGAGGAAGGCUGGGACAUAUCCGAAGGAGACACUACCGUGUUUCCACCGACAGCAUCAAGCAUUGAUCCGGCAACUUCCACAGCACAGGGACCCGGACCAGCACUUAUCUCAGACACGACAAGGGAUGCGACACGGGAAAAAUUGCUCAGGAUCCCUCAACUCAUGAGAUGGAAGACAGGUUCGGAUCAAAGUUCCGAUGCGCUGCAUGAACUUCAGCAUAUACUCGAGGAUUGCGGCGAUUUUAUUAGCAUUGAUAUCGAUAGGCUCCUCAGAUAUGCCAUUGGCAUUGGAAACCUGGAGAUAUGCAACUAUCUGAUCAAACACCACGCCGCCAACUCGAGGUCUAGAGAUACCUGGGGCUUAUCUCCCGUCAUCUAUGCUGGCGCCGCGCCCCGUAAUAACAUCGCAAUUCUCAAAUACCUAGCCAAGACCAUGGGCACGGAGGCCUUCCGCAAAGAAUUGGAUCACCGAGAUAGUUCUGGAAGCACCGCUAUGCACUAUGCGCUCUACCUGCGACCAGCACAUGUAUUGCACUUCUGCUAUAUGCAAGGUGGCGACACGGAAUUCCGGAAUAACGACGUCAACACCGACUGGAGAUCAAGGAUACCGGACGAUGGGAAUAUGCUCAUCGUUUUACUGUACACGAAGUUCCGGGCUCUUCUCGAAGUCCCACUAUGCCUUUGUGGUGCCACUCUAGGAACCGAGAGACCCCGAAGGGGAGAAUGUAUGAUUGUGAGACUUGACGAUCCAGACUUCUCAGUUGAAGGAAUGAUGGGAUUUUCAAUGCAGUGGAUUCAUGUGCCCUUCACUAAUGCUGCGAUGAUAUAUGCUAUUCUAUGCCGUAUGAUGAUGGAAUGUGAAGGUCGAAAACGGCCUCCACUCUAUUGGAUCCCUGAGAGUUUUCGAAGAGCCUCUGCCGUUUCUGGGGGUUCACACCUUAGCUAUAGAAUUCCCUCAUGUCACAGUCAAACCAUCAGUGAGACAUGGUACUCAGACGAAAUGGUCGUGGCGUCAGUGGUUUUCCCUUGUCUUGUGUUACAAUCUACAGAACAGUUUGAAACGUCGAGAGAGCACUUAUUGAAGCAACAAGAGUCCGCAGCAGGUGCCUGGCGUCAGAUUGGCGCCUUCUUCCAGAUCGAACGAACGUUGGAUGAGACCUAUUAUCCUUCUCUCAAUCGAGAGGCUCUGAAUCACCGAAAUGGAAAACAGGUCGUCACGAGAGAGUGCAAAGAGACUGCAGACGGAAAGGACGUAUCUGGCGACAUGAGACCUAUCUUGAUGGUGCCACAAUUAUGGAUUUGGUUGGCCGGUAGCAUGACUAUCUCUGCAUUCACGCCUCUUGGGAAGAAUGCUGGGCGUGCCACGGGGCAAGAGGCACCCCAACCCCACGAGGGAGCAGCCCUCUGGAGUUCUCGUGGCCAAGAUCAAUACAGUCUAUUUGGUGCAAGGUACCCAGAAGAGUUUGUUGCGGAGCUUUUGGCUGAUCAAGUUCGUCGCUUUGGAAAUGUGCAAGGCUCGGAAGAGUUUCAGUCUCCACUUGACAUUUUUGAGCUUGGCGUUGUGCGAGUAUUGUCCAGCGUGGCCAAAUACAUGGAAAACAAUACUCUUACAAGUGAGGACAUUGCGACGGAGAUGGAACUUGUGGAAGCCAUUGCCGACAUCCGGGACGAACUAGCGAUGGUGGGAGAGAUUCUUCGCCAGCAGGACACAGUGUUGGAUGGCUUCAUCGCCCACAUUAAACUGGUUGUAUUGAGAAACCGGCAAGCAGCAGAUGAAGAUGUGGAGAUACCGGAAGGGCUUGCAGAUACGAAAGCCCAGAUCAAAAUAUAUCGCGAUCGAGUCAGCAAAAUCGACCGUGAUGCUGAAAGAGUGGACAAGACCGUGCAGGACCGACUGAACCUUAAGCGAACUUUCGCUAGCAUAAACGACGCACGCACCAGCAUGAGCGAUGCAAAGACAAGUUUACUCCUUGCCGUCGCAGUCAUAGGCUUCACCGUCAUUACGAUCCUGUUCGCACCGCUUGCCUUCAUGACUGCGCUCUUUGCCCUAGACAUUGACGAAUUAGCGAAGCACAAAACCGGCAAUGGAGAUGAUGCUGUGUACACAUCAGGAUACAUCGCUGGAACUUUCUUCGCUGCUGAAGUUACGACAAUCAUACUGACAGGCUUGAUUGUGUGGUACUGUCUUCACAAUAAAGAUCGUCUUGCCGCAUGGGCUGAGAAGCUUGCAAAAAAACCCGAUGAUGCAAGUACAACCACAGCAGGAAUCAUCAAGACAUCGAAUUCAUCAGCAGCGCCACCCGUACUGAGCCCUACAACGAAGAAAACCCAAACGACGACCGCUCUCGCCAACGACCAAGCUGCAGCCUCGGCCAGAUCUUCUGUGCUAUCGCAGCGUCGCACGCGACCGGUAGAUGCUACUGAUGUGGAGGAGCGAGGGUACGGAACGAAAAGGAUGGCAGUUUCUCAUCGUCAAUGGCUUGCGGCGCAGGUACUGUCGGAUCAACAGACCAUCUCCUACCGCACGCUUGCUCGCGCUGCCAAAGUCCAUGUCAAUGCCGCGAAGCGCAUGCUAUACGACUUCCACGUCCACGAAAAUGCAAAGAAGCCUGGUUCUGUGCACGCAACCUACCUGCUUGCUGGUACCAAGAAACUUGAUCAAAAGCCUGCGGCACGCAAUGGACAAAAUGGGGAUCACAAUGAAGAUGAACCUAUACCAUCAAGUCCCCCACCAUUCACGAGCUCAAUGCCCCAAUCCUCACAGCAAGACCACGAGGCUGAGGAAGCAGAAAUAUCGUCCAUCAGAACGAUUACGCUGGUCAGAGAAGAGUCAUUGAAUGCCGUCAAAUCCUCGUAUGAGACAAUAACCUCAAUACAUAUCUACUCUCUCUCCGCUUAUCGCCUGCAAGAUCUGCAAACUCUCUCAGACGUAGGCCGUCACCUUUACAACACGUAUUUUGUGAAAGAAGACCCGCUUGAACACAAUGCCAUAUACGGCGUCAUCGGCAACAAGAAUGUCAGGCGCAGGACACGUCGAGGACCACCCCCACCUUCUGUAGCAUCGAAACCGACCAUCAAGGCCGAGACCACCUCGAAAACAGCCUCGAACCCUGCCGCAAAGGUUAUUACUACCCCCCAACCACCCGUCAAGAAAGAGGAGACGUCGCGUCCCAGCUCAGCAGGCAGCACAACAACGACCUCAACCACCACCAAACAACCCUCCCUCAAACGCGACACGUCCGACAUCUUCAAAGCCUUCGCCAAGAGCAAGAAUGCAGCAGCAAAACCAACACCAAAUCUCUCCCGCAACGGGACCGGUUCAUCGAUUGGCAACUCCGAAGACAAAGACUCUAAUCUUCCCAACACCACUGACGACGAAGGCGAAUCCGAAGAAGAAGCCCUCUUCCUCGACACCAAGACCCGUGCUCCAUCGAAAAAGCGAGCCAGCACCGGCAAAGCAGAACGAGAAGCCAAGCUCCGCAAGAUGAUGGACGACAGCGACGAGGAGAUGGAAGAUGCGCAACUGAUCGACCCAGAGCAAGCCGGAUACGGGAAGGGCGAUCAGCCCAAGAAAGACGGGAAAUCACAAAAGGCAGCCAUCUUGACGCAGGGAGCUGGCCAAGAAGACACCAGUUCCAACGAAGCCGAAGGCGUAAACUGGUCAGACUCGGAAUCCGAACAAAGGCCACCGGACAGGAAAGAAAAAGCAAGAGCAGAAGCAGAAGCCGAAGCCGAAGUCGAAGUGGACCCCACAGGUAAACCGUCCGCCCCUCCCAAACGCCGCCGCGGCAAGCGGAAAGUCAUGAAGAAGAAGACCAUGAAAGACGAGGAGGGCUACCUCGUCACGCGCGAGGAAGCGGUCUGGGAGUCUUUCUCCGAGGAUGAACCGGCUUCCCUGCCGGCUGCGAAGACGAAGAUGAAGCCCGCUGCUGGAUCGCAGUCGCAAUCGCAAUCGCAAUCGCAGGGGAAAGGCGGAGCCAAAGGUGGCGGUGCGGCGGCGGAGAGGGGGAAGCAGAAGGGAGGAGGGGGAAAUAUCAUGAAGUUCUUUGGUAAGAAAUAA